UAUAACUGGCGUGUGUGGGUUUCCCUUCAUGCUCACUGAGCCACUAUGAAAUCAAAUUGAAUUAAAGAUUUUGCCAGGGGCACGGUGCCAUAAUUGCAAAGAAGAAGAAGAAGAAGAAUUAAAGAUUUUGUCCUUCUGAACGUUUCUGAUUAUUACAACUUGACAACAACGUGAUCUUGAUUUCUGUGUUUUGAAGCCGGAUCUACGAUAACCGCAUUUGACGUUAUGGGUCUCUUCUACAGAGCUACUUCUGUACCAAACUAAUAACCGCAAUUCUUCAAUGAGUGAGAUAAAUAGUAUAAUGUAACUUCAAUGAGAAUGUGUUUUUUUACUACACCCUAGAGAUAACAAAAUACACAUAUAGGAAGAGAAUAUAAAACAGGUCGGAUUCUUCAGAUUUAGAUAAGAGAUUCAGAUCGCUUAAUAUCGAACCGGUUGUAUUUGUAGUCAUACUACUACAUUUGCUGCUGUAAAUCGUUAAGUUACACAAUACCGAACAAGUAAGUUUAAUAAAAAGAAGAACAAGGAAAAAAUGCCGCCGCAAUUAUUUCACAGUUUUGGGAAAACGCCUUUUAAAAACAAAUCUGAGAUAUAUAGCGAAUUAAUGGCAGACUUGGAAAGAGUGAUCAUUGACGACAAAUAUUUGGAGAAAUCUGAAAUUCAGGAAAAGAUCGACGUUCUCUGCAAAUGGUUGUGUACGACACCCAAAACAAGUAUUUACAGAUUAGACAAUUUCGCAGAUCUGGAGAAACUACUGAAAGCGUUAAAGCAGGAUAAUAAGCCAGAUCCGUCUGUUCACUGCUUGCCGGAUCUUCCGAAUGAGAUAGUCGCUGUUGACUGUUGGAAUUCGUCGGUGCCGCUCGACUUGAAACGAUAUCCGGACGAAAUUAUUGUUGACGCUGCAUGCGGAGCAGCUGUGCUAAGAGGAUCUCAUAUUUACGCUCCCGGUAUUAUUGGCAUGCCAAAUGGUUUAACCGUUGAUACCAAAGUCAGCGUAUUUGCCGAUGUUGUCGGUCAAUGUAAAAAGGGUUUAAUUAAACCUUAUCCAGAAAACAAUAAAAUAUAUUUAGGCAACGGUGUUCUUCGGCAAACGAGGAAACAAUUAUUUGGUAAAACCGCGAAACAUCCGUGUGGUAUUGCAGUAAAUAUGAUCGACGUGAUCUCGCGAAUUCCACAGUUGAAUAUAGAUAAUGAAUCUCUAAGACCGCAAGCACUACUUCAAAAUUUGCCGUCUAUCAUAUGUAAUCUGGUUUUAAGUCCCCAACCAGGUGAGACAAUCCUAGAUAUGUGCGCUGCACCUGGUAACAAGACGACACAUAUUUCAGUUCUCAUGAAAGAACAGGGUACAAUAAUAGCUCUGGAUAAAAAUCCAGGUAAAGUAGCGCGAUUCAAGGAAAACUGCAAAGGCAAAAAUAUUAAAAUAUUUUGUUACGAUGCCACGAAGGCUGUCGUACACGAACGUGAGCGCAGUUCCGCUUGUAUCGACGAUCAGCCUCCAUUUGAGGAAAAUCACUUCGACCGUGUUCUCUUGGACACUCCGUGCAGUGCGUUAGGUCAGAGACCGCAACUUUAUAACACGAUCACGUCGGCACAACUUCGUUCCUACGUUUCUCUGCAACGAAAUCUCUUUUUUGCCGCUGUCCGUCUUUUGAAACCGGGUGGAACGUUAGUAUACAGUACGUGUACUGUGACAAUAGCGGAGAAUGAAGGAAUCAUUGCCUGGGCACUGAACCGAUUUCCAGAGUUAACGUUGAAAUCUGUGAAAGAUCAGAUCAAAACGGAUAGAUAUGGCACUCAUGGUUAUAUUAUAGAUGGGUUUGUGAGCGAGAACGCAAACAAAGUGCGCAGAUUCGGCCCUGAAAGUGAUUCGGUCGGCUUUUUUAUUGCGUGUCUCAGAAAACAAUAUUCCUAAACAGCGAAACGCGUUGUGCCACAUGUGAACAAUUAUUUUAAUAUUGGUUUGUAUAUAUAAUAAUAUUAUUUGUGUUUACAGAAUUAAAAAAAUGUAUUUAUAUGAAUAUGAAAGAGACACCUUAACUUUGUUUGUGCUUGAUUCACAUCUCCAAUGAUUUCCGUCGAUAUUACGGACCAAUUGUCGCAAAUCAUGUACAAUGUUUCCGCCUAUAUUUGAAAAUCAAACAUUAUUUAACAGAAAAAAAUAGAAAAGACAAUUUUUGUUUUAUAAUUUAUACGCAUUCCGAGAGUAUUGGGGAAGAAGUGAAUGUACAGAUGACCCACUAAAAUUAAAAUUAACACAUUUUCCUCUUA